GUGUUAAUUAUUCGCAUGUGGGAAGAAGCAGUGCUGUCCUCUCCUCGGCGCUGGAAACGAGUGGAGGGAGAAAAAGUUGAGGCGAGGAUGGCAAAACACGGCGACCCACAGGGAAGGGGUGCUUCUCCCCGCACGGCUUAAAAAGAGCCAGAGAAGUGGAAAAACAGAGCUGCGCCUCCGGAUGAGCCCGUGCGUAAAUAUUAAAGGAGUUCCCUGUGGAGGAUGCCAUCAGCACUAGAGCUGCUCUAACGCUCCACACAGGAGGAGAAAGGUGAGCAGACUGAGAGGUUUGGAGGAAAACAGCAGCAUCCCAAAGGCCAGCCAGACGGAACAGAACAAGGAUGAUGACAUAACGCUGGCGUUUCCAGGAACGGCUAACCUCCCCCGACCUCAGACAGCAGAGCCAGUCCGACUUCAAAGCUGAAGAAGAUAAAGAAGGGCAGGAGAUUUCCCGGAUCCGUCGGUGACGUGGUUUCCACCCCACAGCGCUGAGUCUAUAGUCGAGGGCCGUUGAACUGCCAUCACUCUUCUUUCACUCUCGUCCAACCCGUAGCCCAGACGCUGUCCACCAGACCAUGAUGUUUCGUGACCAGGUGGGCGUCCUGGCCAGUUGGUUUAAAGGCUGGAACGAGUGCGAGCAGACGGUGGCCCUGCUCUCUCUGCUGAAGCGGGUCAGCCGGACCCAGGCACGUUUCCUGCAGCUCUGUCUGGAGCAUUCUUUGGCUGAGUGCACGGAGCUGCAUGUUCUGGAAGUGGAAGCCAAUAACCCAGUGGUGAUCAGUCAGUGGCAGGCCGAGCCAAAGGAGCGUCUGAUCUCUCUGGUUCUGACCCACCUGCCCCUCCUCAAGCCAGGCAAUGUGGAGGCGAAGGGUGAGUACAUGCGUCUGCUACCCAAAAUCCUGACCCACACCAUCGAGUUCGGCCGGCACCUGGAGGAGAGCAGGCAGCUUCUGUCGUAUGCCCUCAUCCACCCGGCCACGUCACUGGAGGACCGGGCCGAGCUGGCGCUGUGGCUGAACCACCUGGAAGAGCGCGCGGCCUCGCGGGGGGCUGGAGACUCGCUGGAGCGCGUGUCGUCCUCAUCCCACCACGGCAGCCAGAGCCAGCACCUAUACCCUCAGCACCAGCGCUACGGCUCCGACGACCGCCUCAACGGCUGGCAGGGCUCCCGCGACUCCGGCCUGGGCUGGCAGACGCAGCAGGGCUGCGAGAACGGACACCUGCCGCUCUACCCGUCGUCCUCUGUGCCCUCCACCAUUAACACAGUGGGCACAGGCAGCGGGACCAACUCCAUCAUGCCUGGGGGUCAGCACAGUCCCCUGAAGCGCUCAGUGUCUCUGACCCCACCUAUGAGCGGCCCCUCUAACCCCCCACUGGGUCAUGGCUGGCUGUCCCAGGAGGACCUGCGGGGCCGGGCGGCACCUGAUCAUGCGCCCCUCUCGCCCCAGAGCAGCAUCGCUUCAUCAGGCAGCGGUGGCAGCGAGCACAUGGAGGACGGAUCCGGGCUGGGGGCCGCACUUCGCAGCACAUUCCACGAGGAGGGAAGCGGAAUGAGGGAUGUGCCGGCGUGGCUGAAGAGUCUUCGCCUCCACAAGUACGCCGGCCUCUUCUCCUCCAUGACCUACGAGGAGAUGAUGUCACUGACGGAGCAGCAGCUGGAGGCGCAGAACGUUACUAAAGGAGCACGACACAAGAUCAUCAUCAGCAUCCAGAAACUCAAAGAGAGGCAGAACAUGCUACGCUCUCUGGAGAAGGAUGUGCUGGAGGGGGGUAAUCUCCGUGCUCCGCUGCAGGAGCUCCAUCAGAUCAUCCUGACGCCCAUUAAAGCCUUCAGUGUGGAGGAUUCCUCACAGCGCCCCCUGCUGAGUGCCGAGGGGAAAAGCAGCCUGGCCGGGUCUCAUCUGGGCGGAGGAGAGUCUGAGGCCAGCACUUCACUCAUUGCUGAGGGGGACAUCCCCGCCCAGUUCACACGAGUUAUGGGCAAAGUUUGCACACAGCUCCUCGUCUCACGGCCGGAUGAGGAGAACAUCAGCUCAUACCUGCAGCUCAUCGAUAAGUGCCUAAUCCAUGAGGCUUUCACAGAGACGCAGAAGAAGAGAUUGUUGUCAUGGAAACAGCAAGUGCAGAAGCUCUUUCGCUCGUUCCCUCGUAAAACCCUCGUGGACAUGGCAGGAUACCGUCAGCAGAGGAGUGGCCGUGGGUUUGGUCAGUCUAACUCCCUCCCCAGUGCGGGUUGUGUGGGCAGUGGUGUAUCCGGCAGGAGAAACCUGAGGCAGUUCCCCGUCCCGUCCCGCAGUCUCCCUGUGCAGCGUCUCGGCCUGCUGGGCACAGCCGGCCUGCUGGGGCACACGCACACCCCCCGCAGCUCCAGCAGCACGCCGACCAGCCUCAAACAGGGCAGACAGGGUCUGUGGUUUGCCAACCCCGGGGGCAGUAACAGCAUGCCCAGUCGCACCCACAGCUCGGUCCAGCGGACUCGCUCUCUCCCCGUCCACACCAACCCACACACCAUGGCCAUGUUCCAGCAGUCAGAUUUGCAGGUGCCAGUGACCGAGCCGGACAUUAAUAACCGUUUGGAGUCUCUCUGUCUCAGUAUGACCGAACACGCUCUAGGAGAUGGUGUUGAUCGGACGUCCACUAUCUGAGCACGAGGAGGAGAAGGCAGAGUUAGCCAUGCAGUGAGGCAGUCAGGGGGGUCAUCUUGAGGUCAGGAACCCCGUCUAUCCUUAAACUCCGCCCCCACCUGCCCAUCUACCAACACACAGCCAAUGGGAGCGGUGUGAGCGGUUGGCAUGCGCGUGAUGAUCCGCACAGCGCCGUUCAUCACAUUCAGAAAGGCUUCCGUCACCAUGACGACUUCAGCUUUUUUACAUUAUGGGCUAUUUUUUGGGAGAUAAUCACCUUUUUUAGAAAAAAAAAAUAGAAAUUGCCAAAAGGAGGACUAUUCCAACGCUGCACUUCCAUACAGAAAGACUAUGGAAGGUACGGAGUGGGAAGAAGCUCCACUCCUCCACAGAAGGGAGAGAAUUUGGGAGGUCUCUUCAGCAGAGCUGCUGCGAGGGUCUUUUGUUUUACACCAAAAAACAAGAAAAAAAGCAGAAGCAGCCAGCGGACGCACGGCCUGCGAAAUCCGGGCCAAUCCGCUUGGUCCAGCCGGAGCCUUGGAGUCUAAAAGAGCUUCUGUAGAGUCACUAAACACCAUUGUUUACAUACAAGUGCUACUCUCAAGGGUACCAGAGCAUCUGAGGUGUGCAGCAGCAGCUACCAGCACAGUUUACCAGCAUGUUUGGGUUUUUUUUUUGUUUGUUUGUUUGUUUGGAUUUUGCUCAUCUUGUUCCAGAUGUGGUUUGCUGUUUAAGAAGUUGAGAAGAUGAAAGUGAAGGACAGAAGUCGGGAGAGAGAGAGAGAGAGAGAGAGAGAGAGAGAGAGCAGGAAGGGGAAAAGGAAAGUGACGUAAGUGUGGAGGGCCUGUGAGACGUGAGGUAGAGAGAGAGAGAGAGAGAUAGAAGGGAAAGGAAUGUCACAAAUGGGUUCUGACGUAAAAGGCGGUGAACUGAAGGCAGACGGCAGGUCGGGAUUUUUGCAGUGGCGUCGGCGGAUGUGGGACGGUGUUUGGAACAGGCGUUCUGGGCGAAAGGCAAGUGAAUAUAAGAGCUAGAGUUUGAAAAUGUGAAGCGGUCAGUGGUUAGAAAUGCUCGGCAACGUCUUCGAGCUUGAAUUCUUAUAUAUACGUAAUUGCUGGUAGUGGCCAUUGUGUGUCUUUAAUAGGGGUGUAACAAUGCACGUUUUCAGAUUUGAUACGAUUUUUGAUAUUUUGUGUUAAAUAUACAAAAAAUUAAAUUGCUGUACACUGUAAAAAUGGUUUUCCAGUGCAGCGUAAAAAUGACUAGCAAGCAAUUUAAAGGGCUCAUAUAAUGUUUGGUAUCAAGCAUUUUAAAGGGCUCGUAUGAUGUAAAACACCCCUUUUUUAAUUGAAGGAGUUAUAAAUACAGUCCAUAUAUGGAUACUAAGCUGCCUUAUUGGUAUUUAGUGCUUCUGCGAUGUCACAAAAACCAUGCACCAUACAGCAGUUUAGCUCCACCCCUUCACACUGGGGUUAUAAGGAGUGUUUCACUGCUUUCUAAUUAAAAAGGACAACACAGAGCAGCCAAUCAGAACAGAGCUCAUUUACGUAUGUCUGUCUUAAAGGCACAAAUAUAAUAAUAGAAAUAAAUAUAGCUUGUUUACUUCUAAGUAAAAUGGGUUGGAAAAUGUUUUUCCAUGCAUAAGAUAUUACAAGUAGACAGAUGCCAGAUGUGGGCCCUUUAACUGCUUUUAUUCAAGUCCCAUCUCCAAUUUAAGUAAAUGCUCUGAAUGAGAUUUGAAAGAUUUUAACAUCAGGACAUUAUUUUAGACUAUUUCAUUUGUUUUGCUGCAUUUUUUGAAGUGCUGUAAUUGUUACACCCUUACUGUUUGACUGUGUGGUGCUGGGGAGGGCUGUCCUGCAGAGUAAAGAGCUUCGCUGGGGAUUUGUGAAUUGUGAUAUAACUGGAUUGUUUAGUGCUGGAGCAGAAAAUUUGAUGUUCUGUUCAAGGGACGGUUCACCAAAACAUCAGAUCCUCUUCCUCUGACCACAGAUGCAGUCGAUCAGUUUCGACGCGUCUGGUGUUUCUUUAGUUUUAUGCCCUCGGCCUGAUACAAUAGAAGUCUGUCACCCAAAAACAGAGGCCUCCUCGACGGGAUGUACGACAGUUGUGUUUUAUAUGAUCCCUGCUGUUGUUUAGAAUCUGCUCUGUUAUCUGGAACAGCAGCGAGGGCCGCCCAGUAACGUGACAGACCGGGUUCUUUGUUAUUGUCAUUUUUAUGGGAUUUUUUGAUGUGAUGCUCUGUGAAGCUUUUGAAGAGAUGCUUGAAAGGAGCUAUAAUUCAGCUUUAAAUAGUGAUUUGUGGUUGGCUUGUAAACGGGAGAUUAUUGGCUCAGCAUUUAACUGCGUCAUUAGGUGCGAGUCCUAAUACUUUCUGCAGCGCCUCUUCACAAUAAGACUGUCCUUAUUAAGGGUUUAAAAUGGGCUUAUUAAUAGUUAUUAAAACAGAAAACACAAUAAUGAGCAUGUAUAGCACGUAAUUUUCAUCAUUCAUCAUACUGUAGUAACACUAACACGGUGGUGGUGUGUUAGUGUGUGUUGUGCUGGUACAAGUGGAUCAAACAGUUUUAAGCGCUGUGUCCACUCACUGUCCACUCUAUUAGACACUCCCACCUUGUCGGUC